CCGCGGAGCACUGCGGUGCGUUCCUCGCUUCCUUGAGUGUUGGCCCAGGGUCGAAGAGAAGAUGGUGCUGGAUCUGGAUUUGUUUCGGGUGGAUAAAGGGAGGGACCCAGCCCUCAUCCGAGAGACGCAAGAGAAGCCCUUCAAGGACCCGGGGCUAGCGGACCAGCUGGUGAAGGCAGACAGCGAGUGGCGACGAUGCAGAUUUCGGGCAGACAAUUUGAACAAGCUGAAGAACCUGUGCAGCAGGACAAUCGGAGAGAAAAUGAAGAAAAAAGAGCCCGUGAGAAAUGAUGAGUCCAUUCCGGAGAAUGCACUAAACUUCGAUGACCUCACCGUAGACACGUUAGCUAACCUGAAAGUCUCACAGAUCAAAAACGUCUGGCUCCACAUUGAUGAAGCCAUCCUGAAGUGUGAUGCUGAGCGGAUCAAGUUGGAGGCAGAGCGAUUUGAGAACCUUCGUGAGAUCGGGAACCUUCUGCACCCCUCCGUGCCCAUCAGCAACGAUGAGGAUGCAGAUAACAAAGUCGAGAGGAUUUGGGGUGAUGGCACGGUCAGGAAGAAGUACUCGCACGUGGACCUGGUGGUGAUGGUAGAUGGCUUUGAAGGAGAGAAGGGAGCUGUGGUGGCUGGGAGUCGGGGGGACUUCCUGAAGGGGGUCCUGGUAUUCCUGGAACAGGCACUUAUUCAGUACGCCCUUCGCACCUUGGGAAGUCGGGGUAACAUGCCCAUUUACACCCCGUUUUUCAUGAGGAAGGAGGUCAUGCAGGAGGUGGCACAGCUCAGCCAGUCUGAUGAAGAGCUUCAUAAGGUGAUCAGCAAAGGCAGCGAAAAGUCCCACGAAAACUCCUAUGACGAGAAGUACCUGAUUGCCACCUCAGAGCAGCCCAUCGCUGCCCUGCACCGGGACGAGUGGCUCCGGCCAGAGGACCUGCCCAUCAAGUACGCCGGCCUGUCCACCUGCUACCGGCAGGAGGUGGGCUCCCAUGGCCGCGACACACGUGGCAUCUUUCGGGUCCAUCAGUUUGAGAAGAUUGAACAGUUCGUGUACGCAUCCCCCCACGACAACAAGUCCUGGGAGAUGUUUGAAGAGAUGAUUACCACCGCAGAGGGGUUCUACCCGUCUCUGGGCAUUCCUUACCACAUCGUGAACAUCGUCUCAGGUUCUUUGCAUCACGCUGCCAGCAAGAAGCUUGACCUGGAGGCCUGGUUUCCGGGCUCGGGAGCCUUCCGUGAGUUGGUCUCAUGUUCUAAUUGCACGGAUUAUCAGGCUCGCCAGCUCCGAAUCCGAUAUGGGCAGACCAAGAAGAUGAUGGACAAGGUGGAAUUUGUCCCCAUGCUCAAUGCCACCAUGUGCGCCACCACGCGCACCGUCUGCGCCAUCCUGGAGAACUAUCCGACGGAGAAGGGCAUUAUCGUGCCUGAGAAACUGAAGGAGUUCAUGCCGCCAGGACUCCAAGAACUGAUCCCCUUUGUGAAGCCUGAGCCCUUCGACCAGGAGCCGUCGAAGAAGCAGAAGAAGCAACACAAGGGCGACAAAAGGAAAGCAGCCGGGAGAGAAGUCACCCUGGAAAACCGGCUGCAGAACAUGGAGAUCGCCGAUGCCUGGGCACCCUGCCCCGCUGGCCAGGCUCUCGUGUCUGUCCACCAGGGUCGCGGGGCCUGCCCUAAGCAGGGAAGCCUAGCACCCACUCGUCUUCCUGCCCCCCUCUGACUGCACAGCCGAAAGGGAACAGUCUACCACCUAGACACAGAUGUCCCCAUCUCCUCGUAUGGGCACAGGAGCUCACCGUGAUGACAGAUGCAACCCUGUAAUAAACCGUCUCGGGAG